UAAGGUCUUGGAUGCUGCUAUAGUACUGCAAGAAUGGCGGGGCUGCCAUCAAUAAUUUUAGUAUUUCUCACCUUCCUUAGUGUUUACCUCUAUGGGAUAAACGGAAGACCAAACAAUUUGGAAGAUGUGUAUGCAGCUGAGAAUCGAAUAACCUUCGAAGGGAACAACUUGAUAAAAAAAUCAAAAACAAAAAGUGGCGAGCCGGAAAAAGGUAGGUUUUAUAAAGAACGAACUUUGAAUACUUCUCUUCGAUAGCCUUUUUUGAUUUCCAUGAGUUUCUCCUUAGCGUUAGAAUUAACUAGAUCCAAUGACAAUUAUUUCAUAGCCCUAAUCACAGAGUUUUUUUCUGUAAUGAAAUUUUUAAACAAAAAUCAUCACACGCAAUAGUUCAAUUCCCUUAAUUAAACGGAUUUUGGAGAAAUUCAAGGUUUCCUUUGACUUAUUUAGUUUUGUUGAUUAUCCGUUUACCUGUUAUCUGAGUCUCCUUUCUUUGUUUGUUAUUUCAAUACGAAGUAAAAAAUCGUUCUAUCAACAUGCUUAUUUUUUGCUUACAUCUUUUUGUUGCAACUCAGGCGAAAGCAGAUCUGCCUUCUAUUAGGUGCUAAAUUUAUUUUGAAGUUUAGACGAAUAGAUUCAUGGCAAAUCAAAGGUAAUUCGAAAAAAUAUUUUUUGUUAACAAAUAACACAUUCAACUGCUUAAUUGAAUACACUAGCCACCCGCGAUAAUGUGUCUUCCAAACAAAGAUGACAGGUUGGCAUUUAGUUGACUGGUUGAGUGGUUCUUUAUAAUCUGCCUUACGAACUGUCUUUAUUGUGAAAGCAACAUGUAUGCUCUAUCAAGCGACCUCACAUAAAAUUUGGUUGAUUUUCGGCACUUAAAUCUCUGUGCGUGCAACUAACUGAUGAAGAGAAAACUUUGUCGAUAUUUUCCAAAGGUAUUCUAGCUUUGUACUUUAAGCUUCUUUUACAAAGGUUUAAAAGAACAGGGGAGUAAUUAGCACUGUCAAUCUGACGUUGACAUUUUAUCAACAAUGCCAUUUCCCUUAAGACACUUACCUCGUUAUAUACAUAUUUCUUUUUGCCAGGCCGGAAUUCGCACAGGGGAAAUAAAAAGCAAGUCAUUGAUGCGUUUCAUCUUGGUCCUUACCAUCACGGCCAUCCUUGGGGCACCAUGUCUCAUUGGCCUGGGUAUCACUGGGGAGGUGGGCAUCAUGGUGGGUGGACCGGAUACCCAAUUCUUGGAGGAUGGCAUAGAUCUCAUAUCUCUAAAAAGGGAAGUAAACCGUCAGCACACAAGUCAGCUUUAAAGCGCCAAAUGUUGUCUGCGUAUGCUUACCCUAUGGCUGGGGCAGUCUACCCGUACCUAGGGUUUGCCGCAGUCCCGUUUACCCCCGCACCCUUUUCCUGGGGAUAUGGCAUGUACCGUUCAAGUAUUCCAGAGGUAACAUCACAAGGGUUUACCAGGUCUUCCGUGAAAGGUCCUACUGCAAACAAAAGAUGGUGGCCAGGAUACAUGGGAGGAUGGGGAGGAUGGGGCAUAGGAAAUUCAGGUUACCCAGGGUGGGGGCCGUUGGGUGACGACAUUUGGGGACGUAGUUUUGAUCUUGCUGACCCAAGUCAUGGAUGGGGCGUUGACAUUGGUGGUACUUACCAUCCGUUUCUGCGAGCUGAGAUUCCCGGGAGAAACAACGACAAAGAAAAUAAAGCAGACAAGCGUUGGUGGCCUGGAUAUAUGGGUGGCUGGGGAGGAUGGGGUUUAGGUAAUACUGGUUACCCAGGAUGGGGGCCUUUGGGAGCUGAUUUAGCUUAUGGAUUCAAUCCCUAUGGCUAUGGCCACAGAUUAGGUCACUUCGGGUACGGAUAUGGAUUGGGGCCUUACGGAUUUGGUCAUGGAUUUGGUUUAGGAUAUGGUUACAGUCAUGGUUUGGGGCUUGGUUACCGUAGGGAUACUUCUGGCAAAAAGGGAGCAAAAGCGGAAGAAGGCCCCAAACGGCAAUUUAUACACGGACCAUAUGGAGCGCUUGACUACCCGUGGGAUGACUAUGGAUUCGGAUUUCCAUAUGGACCAUACGGAAGUUUUGGCUCCCCUUUCGUUGGUCGUGGAGCGUACGUUCCCUAUCCAGAAGCACUUUACGGGGGUUAUCCUCAUUGGGGCUAUGGUGCGUACCCCUUUUUCAACGGUUUCCAUAUGGGUCACAACUUUUACAAAUCAAAUAUCCCAAGCAAAGACUCUAAAAAAGUGAGAAAAGAGCGCAAAAAAGAAGAAGGGGCCAUAGGACGACACCUUGUCCAUAACUUUCAUCCAGGAAGAUAUGGAUGGGGAGGAGCUUUAUAUCCUGGUCAUGGCUAUCACAGCGUCUUUCCUUUACUUGGAGCUUUCACCUACGGCGGUCUCUAUGGGGGUUAUUAUGGCCCUUAUGGACCUCCCCGAGGUGCAUUUGGCCCAUAUUAUAGGUCCAAGGUCCCUGAUUCACCAGAAAAUGCCAAUAGUAGACAAGUAGUUAACUAUCACCCUGGCUGCUAUGGAUGGGGUGGGUGUAUGUAUCCAGGUUGUGGUUGCAUCGGUGGAUGGAAAUGGCCAGUACCUUGCCACUUCCUCCACCACUCUCACCAUUGUGUCCCUUGCUGGACGCGUUCUAAUUCUCCAAAAGCGCAGAAUGUCAAAGAGGAAAAAGGGAAAGUCAGACAGGAUAUUUUUGGGCCUGACAGUGAUGUUAAGGAUCCCACAACAAGUCCUCAUUUGGAGGGUGCUGAAUUGCUACAUCAAGAGAUGCAAAGUCUGGCCAUGGGAUAUCCUGGCAUUGAGAAAAUACAAACACCUAUGGGUGAAAGUAAUCCAGCGCCACAGGAAUAUGCCAAUCAAGAAAAUGAGAACAACCAAGCACCUGAAGAAACGCCUUCUGAUGAAACAGCUGGGGAAAAUACAGCCCAAGCCACGCCAGAAGUAGCCACUGUAGUCGCUGGGCAGGAGGGUAUGGGGGCAACAGAAAAUCCAAAUGACUUGGGAUCGAUGCUUGGAAACGUAGAGACGGGUCCGCAGCAACAAUCCACAAAUGAUAUUAUGUCCAGUUUUAACAUGAAUCCUUCUGAGGGAGAAAUGCCAGCGGACUCAUUUGGCGAUACUGGUAAGCUGUCUCUGUGCUAAUCGUCACAUUCCUUUAUAGAUUAAAGGCUUUGCACUCUUCGAGCUCCUUCCUGAUGAUUCGCCACUGCUUGGGUUGACGAGUUGAGCAAACAAGCGUCACGCCCGUUUUAAACCAUCUUUAUGGUUUAUGAGCAGUUUUUUUUUUAUCUAGAUACCCACUGCGUCCUUUUUAUCAUUUUUAACCUGGCAAGCUGCAUAUCGGCUAUUAAUGAUUUGCUCUUGCCUUGAGAGUUCUUAAUAUCUAGAAAAUUUGGUCUCUGAAGAAAUAAAUAUUAUACUUUGUCACAUUUUGUCUCAAAGGGGAACAGGGCAAAUAGCAGUCUUCUUAGUGGCAGUGAAUUGUUACAAUGGUUUGCUCCUUAUGCGCUACAUUCCGUUUUUAUUUUAAAGUCACUUCCAUAGUAUAACUCGUGUAGCCAGAUUUAUUGCUCGUCCCCAUUUAGUGGUGUAGAUUUUUUUCGAGUAUCAAUAGAAUAUUUAAAGAUCUCCGAUAUUUACUCUUUCCUUUUAAGGAAAUCCCAACGUUCCAAGUAUGUAUGGCCAAGAAAGUGAUGGACAAACCACCGAAGGUGCAUCACGCCGAGCUGAUAUUCCAAGUAUGGACGACAGGGCAGUGGUUAAGAAGCAAGCAGUGUCAUAUCCUUACAAUUACUUCUACCCCGGUUACAUGAUGUCUCAUAGCGUCACUCCUUAUUUCCAUUACACGCCUGUCAAUUAUGUAAGAACUAUUUUCAUCAUCAUCCCUACCCUCAAACCAUGGUCUAACUAACUCAGUUGUAGAGAAUCACGACAACUGUUGUAUUAGACAUUUUGCAAAGUAUUUUACCUUUCACAUACUAGUUAGCUAUUUGCACUGUGUCUGAAUUUACUGCACAUCACCAACCCUUUCAAUCAAAGACAUCGUUGACCUUGGGUCGCAAUGAAUGGAGCUGCAACUAUUUUUUUCACUCUCUCAUCAUCAAUGGGCAGUUUUCUAUUUUCUGCCGGGUUUGGCUGGGGAUUCCCUAUGCUGUUAAGCUUAUUUUCAGAACAACGUCAGAGAGUUACCCAUAGCUCCUCCAAUUUUUUCGACCAUUUCGUCGUUUAUUUCAUAUUAUUUAGGCCUAUUUGGGUCAUUUGGCCUCCCUACUCUUAUCAUACCUGUCUGGACGCUUGUAGCUUUCCCCGACCAAGUAUCUAUAUCCUUGCGUUCUAUUUAUCUCCUCCUGUAGGUCGCUGCUCAGCACAUGAUGACUUAUCCAACAUCCUAUCCCAUGGUGCACCCUUAUUCUAUGGUAGGUCCCCAACUACUAAAUCAUCGUUCACAUUCAAUUCAUGUGGGUGCACCUGAUGUUAACAUCGAUGUUCACACGACAAGGGAGCACGUGGCUCGGCACUCAGAGAAGCAAGUAAGGAAGUACUUGAUGUGUAUGUUGUCAUUUCCAGUGCUUUAUUAUUACACGAAACUACCUGGCCAUUGUAUAACACCAAUUAAAAAUAGUAUCUUCAGGGUUAUUCUAAAUAGUUGUUCAUUAUGAUCCGUCAAAUCAAAACAGAAUAAAAAAGCUACACAUGCCACGUGAGACCUCUUGAGUUUUUUUUAAUGGCAUGUCUCCGUGUUCCUUGUCACUCUUAUUGGCUAUGAUAGUUUCUUCAUCUGAUAACAAUUCAAUAAAACACAAGAUUAGCUUCCUUCAUCCCGUUAAAAACUCUCCACAACAGUUCAGUAAAUUUGUUCUCUCAUUCUUCCUGUGAAUACGAAUUAAGUUCUUAGUUUAAGGCAGCGUGCCUGUAUUUCUCAUGCCAAAUAAAAUACAGUUGUUUUAGAUUUUUUCUCCUGUUUCUUUUCAGAAAACGAGAAAGCUUAAACAAAUGAUGGGAGAUUUUUCCAGGAAGCUAAAAGGCAAAAACAGCAAGUCGUCAAGAAGAAAGCGGUUGCACAAAAGGCAGAUAUCUUCCAUCGUCUCACCUCCAAUCAUAAAUCGGCCCAUGGGAUUUCCACCUUCACAACUUAGGUCUUAUAAUAAAGAUAAUUCCUGAGUUAAAAUGACUUACCUAACCUAACAAACUCAUAAAAUUGGUAAUCAGAUAUUAAUUGCAAACGUGAAUCACAACUAAUACUAACUUCAGUAAGAUGCAUUUUUGAAAAGUGUUUAAACACUCUACUUUAGUCUUGAUUAAAUUAUAAAGUAAUGAAUGAUUUUCUCAAAAACGACAAAAACGAUAUAACUAUAACAUUUAAAUGGAGGAAAAUACUAUAUAAAUGAAGAGAUAAAGCUCGGCUCAAAGUGACAACAGCAUACUGAGGGACACAACAUUUCAAAGAAGCAUUCGAAAUCAUGUUUGUGUAAUUUUGUAAAGAAAUGAAAUGCUAUUAAAAUGCCUAUAAGACCGAUGCUUUUUGUCGUAAAAGUGUCUUAUCAAUUAAGUAUAGAGCAUUGCACGUAAAUGUUUUCGAUAGGGGCAUGAUAGUUUGGCAUUUUAUCAUUCACUGAAGUGCAUGUUCAAAUUUGAAGCAUGACUAUAUGAGCUAUGUUUAGCAGUAUUUAUAUUAUACAUCUUGCGAGAAAGGAGUGGCUCAUGUCAUUCUUAGUCGAAAACAUUUACAUAUAUAUAUUCUCUAGUGUCAGAGACUAAGAGACCUAAAUGUUCAAGAACCAUCAUUCAUUUCGUGCAAAGAUGCCGCCCCUGAAAAAACCUACCUUGUCCUCCAGAACUGGUGACGAAUGCGUCAUUCCUCUUCUCGCAAUUAAUACGCAUGCUCUGUUAGAGUCAAAUGUUAUUAGGAUGUAUUUUAAAUUUCAGCAAUGUAAACUUGGUAUUCUUUUUUGUUAGACACUUUUAACCGAAUUUAAUCAACCACAUGGAGUUCAUUUACCUUCCGAAUUGUAAUGAGGGAAUUUUCAACAAUGAAAUUGAGAUACUUUUGAAACAGUUUCAAGAAAUAAAUUUCUUACCCUUUCUUUCUUUUUCAAGUCAAAACUGGAUUUAAAGGGGCUAUGUUACGGAUACCUAAUUCCUUGCGGGGUUAAUAUUGCCAAAAAAUGCGUCUUUAUUCACGAAUGGACUUGACGUUAGCGAGGAAUUUACUUGUAGAUGACAAAAGCACAGCUUCGCAUUAAACAAAUAUGUCCUUGAAAGCAUUACAUCAAACGUUCCCAUCAACAAAAAUGAAUUUUGAAAACAAGUUUUCAAAGUCCGUUUUUUUUUCCUUCAAAUUUGUCCAUCAGUGCCUUCUUUUGUGUUUGUUGUGUUAUUCAUAACUUCUUUUAAUGUUUUGAGCCGUUAAUUUUAAUGUUUUACUCAAUUUGGUGGCAGUAUGUUGUUUGAAUUUUGCUAAAUUUGGUGACAAAGCUCCUUUAACUCAAUAUUAUUUUUUAUAAAAGUCAUUCUGAUCCUGAUUCCGGACGUUUUGUGAUUGUAGAUACCCGGUUACAAAUACUCCAGGCCUCUUGGAACAAAGGUAAGCUGCUUCUACUUCUUUCCCCUCUUGAAAUGAAUGAUGGUUCUCUUUUUCACCAGUAUAUAGCAAAAUAGCAAAAUUCAGAGCUGUUAUUUGAAACAAUAACGAUGAAACUGAAAAUCACGCUGGGUUGACAUUUUUAGUGCUAAUUUCACUGAUUAUCAGUCCCUAGUUAAAGAAUCAGGAACAGCGCAAGGUAAACAAAAGGUAUUUUGAACCUCGUUGCUCUUUUGUUCGUAACCAGAUGGGAGCAUAUGGAGGGUGAUUAAGGUGGUUAAAACUCGAUGAAAAGAAAAGAGAGUUAGCUUUUCAAGGGAUGAAAAUGAAAUAAUUAGUAUCUCUAUUCCACCAUCGUUGUAGUCACAAGUGCAAUGCGGUUCAAUGGUUCAAAGUUUACAUGUAUUCGUUACCAGGUUUUAUAAAAUAGAAAUAACAUAACCCAAUGGAAAGCUUGAGCAUCGCCCUUACGCCCCCCACCCCACCCCACAGUCCCAAUCUCCACCACCUAUAUUUGGCAAACUGAUGGGGUGUUUAAGCAAAGAAUACUAACACCAUAUCUUUUUUUCAGAGAUAUUAAAGGGAGCGCCACUUGUGUGUUUAAGUCGUGAGCAUUUUAGGAAUUACCUCUUAUCUAAAGACCCAAUAAAGACCCAGAGGCUCUGAAGCGUUGGCUCGAAAUCUUCCGAGUUUUCCUGAGAAUUAGGCAUCUUCAAACAAACCCCAAAUCCCAUAACUCUAGCAGUACAAUCAAAUAUUAUGCAAGCAUUGGUCUUUGUAAAUCGUUUGAACCACAAGACAAGUGAACACAGUUCUUGGUGUGGUCUGGGAAUGUUUGAAAGUUCAUGUAGGCCUAAAUAGUUAGUAGGAUAAUAAUUGAGAAAAAAAUAUUUUUUUAUUGGCCCCUUCAAUCAACUUUGGCCUUUGCCGGUGUUACCUAGGAGGGUGUCUAAAAGACAAUAUUGUUAUCUCUCAGGAUGUAUUCAUUUCCGCAACAAUCGCUUGUACAAACACAACCUUUUGCAAUGAAUGCCAUCGCCCGCUCUGGCCUUCCCUCUGUGCCUUCCCCAGCCUUGGGAUCACCUUCAAUGGGGCUUUCAGCUCUCCGUAAUCCUCAGAUGAGGCCUGCAUAUAAUCCUUCUCAGAUGGGUUUCUCACGUCAGUUGUCGAGCAUCACUGGUAUUAGUCUGCCGUUAUCUGUCCAGCCUGGAAUGGGCAUAGUAGGUAGGAAAUGAGAAAACGGUCAUCUCAGUAGCAGAUUACUGAAAUAAUUGAAUGUUUGACGGAUUAACUCUCUAAUUUUCACAGCGAAAAUGAGGGUCUCGCGCUGAUUUCUGACUUAUGAAAUGCUCGGGAAUUGUUGACGCUCGGCAAUUGUUGACGCCAGCACACCAAUGCAAGGUUGAUCAACCUGGCGGUUCAGGUGGUUUAAUGUUGACAAACCUGUGAAUGACUAACUAAACGUUUGUGCUCCUUUUUCCUUGCGUGGAAGGAGUCUUAAAGCUCGAUAACACAUGAUUACUAAGAAAUAAAUGAGUAAAAGGUGAACGAAUGAACGUGAAUGAGUCAGCGAAUAAUCUAAAGAACGGUAAACGGAUGAAUGAAUGGACUGAGGGAUGAAGUAAAGUACAAAGGGAAGAAGGAAGAAAAGAAGGAAAGAACUAGCGAACGAGUGAAUGAAUGAAUGAAUGAUUGAUUGAUUGAUUGAUUGACUGAUUGAUUGAUUGAAUGAAAGGAUUGAUGAAUUGAUAAAUUAAAGAAUAAAUGAAUUAAUGACGGUUACGACUUUCCCUCUAUUUAGGAAUGGCUACACGAAAGAAACGAUCUCCAUCAAGGAAACUUUCGAAGAAGAGCAAGAAGGCUACAAAGCGUCAAUUCCUGGCUGGUUUACCUCAGUCACGUCAACUAGCGGGAUUUCUUCCGUUUGGUCCAGGUGCUGGUUUACCAACAUUUCCCACAAUUCCUUCCCCACAGAUGGCUUUCGGGUCGACUGCUGGAGCAGCUGCGUUUCCGGCCAAGCUACCUCAGCCUGGCCUACCAGCUUUGAGAAUGGGAUCCUUUCCAGGGGAAAACAUACCGGGAAUAGCACCGUUUAGUGCAUUUCCUUCUCUUCCAAGUAAUCCGUUCGUAAAGGAACCUCAAAUGCAGAAUAUGAACUUUUUUAGUAACACUGCUGGUAGCCAGUGGUCCCCGAGACCUGCCUUAAGAGGAGGAAUGGGAGGUAUAGUGAUCGUCUUUCUAUUCCGGCAAAGUAUCAUGAUAUUACCUGUAGGAAGGCCUUUUUUAUAUUAAAAAAAAUGUAAAUUGCGGGAGUCAUCGUUUUAUAGCAGUAAACUCUAAAAGGAUACUUUAGAGAGGUGGUGACGAAGCUGGACGGGUAUGGGCCACCACAGGAGCCCAUGAUAUUGAUGGGCUCCUGGCCGCCAAGCCCAUCACAUAUGAAUUCUGAUGGAGGAGGACUUUGGGGCUCCGCUCUUAUCCUCUUUCUUUUGCUCAGUGCAAAGCCUGUAAAAUUACUUUCUGGUGUUAGCAAUUUGCGUAUCUCUCUAUUGUCCAUCUGGCGGGUAAAUCGAGUGACUGAACCUUUGAAGCUAAUUCGUCAUGUACACUAAGUAACAUAUUUGUAUGAAGUUAAGCACUUUGUGUAAGAUUUUUGGUUUUAUAUCUCGAAUGUCCUUAACAGUACACUACAGUUUCGUUCUAGCUUAAACUAAAGCUUAAUUGCGACACUGAUAACGUUUACUUAGAAACAAUGCUGCCCCAACUAUAUGUAAAGAGAAGUUUUCCUGGAUCUCUUGACAGUCUAUCAAAUAUCAUGGAAUGAUUGAUUGACUGAUUGAUUGAUUGACUGGUAGAUUAAUGAGUUAAUUAUUAAUUAUAACUGUAAGAAAUUAAAACAAAUAUCCUUUUUUUUUUUUUUCAGGUGGACUUCUUGAAAGCUUUGAUGGAAACUCAAGGCCUUCAAUGCCAGAAAAUGGACAAGGUUAUGGUGCAGAGCCCUUUCAAAUGAAUGGGAUUAACGGAGGUUUGUUUCUCUUUUUUAAUCAGCUGUGAAAUCGUUAUGAUGGUAAUGAUGAUGAUAAGGAGAAAGAGGAAAAGGAUGAAGGUGAGGAUGAAGAUAAAAUUAGUUUAAUGUUUAAGGUGGUGGUGAUGGUAGUGGUGGGUGAUGGUGGUGGUGGUGGCGGCGGCAAUGGUAUUAGGGAUGGUGGUAUUGGUGGUGAUGAUGUUUUCCACAGAUGAAAAAACCCUUUGCUGAUGAACGAUAAAUCUACUUCCCACAGAGCAGUUAGCUGGAUUUAAUCCAUCAAGUAUGGCAUUUGGAGAUCAGCCAAGACCAUCCCCUAUGUUUUCUGAAGAGGGCCGCACAUCUCAGGGGCAAGCCGGACUGUUCUCAAUGGGGCCCCAAAAAGAGAUGGCUUCGUUCUUCGAUCAGUUACCUACAGGUGGUGGAAUUAUUGAAUCAAACAAUGUAAGCAAAUUUCACUGUAAGUGCUCACUAACGUCUCCCAACAUUUUAUGACAUGUGCGCAUGUAUGAAAGGAUUUGCUUGCAUAUAGCCAAGAAUGACGUUCAAGCCAAUUCUACAUCAGAUGAAUGUUAUCACGUCGUAAAAAUUGAUUUCAACAUCUGUGAGACUGACAAAUGGGCCAUACGGAUGCUAAUGGUGAAAUAACCGCAACAUUUGAGUUUUUCCUCUUUUAUGUCUUCCACAUUUCCUUUUCAGUUUAACAUGCAAUCAGGUCUGACAGCAUUGAAAAAGUCUUCAGUUCCAACCAAGAAACACGAGAAAGGGAAAAACGUGAAAUGAAGAAGAUAGCUUGCUCUAUUGUAAGGUGAAUUCUAUAGCUCUAUGGUUACACUAGUUUGUAAAAAAAAUACUUAAUCACGGUUUUAGUUCUAUCUAUAGAGUUUAAGCCGGUAUGGGUAUUACUAGCUCUUGGGUGUAGUACUAAAGCAAACUCGACCAACAGUAGAACUUUUUUGAUUCGCGUCAGACUCUCCAAUUCUUUCCGAAAUUUUCACCAUUUUCAUUGAUCGUUUUGACAGCCAUCUCAGAAGCCUACAAAUAGCAUAACUGCUGCUGCCCCAACCGUCAAAUAUUGGCAGUAUCAGCCAGGCACGAGAGUAGCUGGAAAACGAGAAACUAACUGACUCCCUAAGUAAGCUACGAAGACCGUCUGUCUAGAAGUCAAGAGCCAAGAGAAUGCUUGAAAUUUAUUUUCCACACGGUUCUUAUUGUGAAUAGUGAUAAGAACUGAGUGAAUACAUGAACAUGCUAUUUUGAAUUUCGGCUCCGGUGAGCACUCUUGCAUCAGCUGUUGCAUAACUUGGCUUAGGCGGAAAACAACUUUGAAGAAAAUGUCAUCCUCUCAUCCCGUAGCCGUAGAAAAUAGUAGUGACCCUGAAGAACCAAAUGCACACCCGCUUAAAAAAUCCUGUGAUUUUAACGCUGAUACAUGCUAAUAAUAUUCCCCGGAUUUUGUUUUACACAGUAGGAAAACUAAUCGAAUAUUAUAUACCUUCGUUUUCAUUAAAGGAGCGUGUUUGAAGCGAACAUCCAACCCGCUGGCUACAGGAGGAACUGAAGCAAUCUCACAAGAAUGACAACAAAGUUUGUUCAAAUGAAGAUAUGCGCCCCCAAGGAAGGCCAAGAUAAACUAAAUCAAUUGCUGAGUUAAACUUCCAGACCUUAAGAACUACAUGAAAAAACAAUAAAAGUUUCGAUCGAUUACAAGUGUAUUUGCACGUCUAAUUCAAGGCUACCGUUAUAAAAGUUUGCAAUGAACAUAAGAAGCUCCUGAC